CAAUUUGAUUGCCGUUUGAAUGCGUGAGUCUUACUCAUGAUUGCCUUCAGUGUUAGUAUUACUGCCAAACAUGUUAUCAACAAAUCAUUGCAUUUCGCCUACAAUUCAGUGAACAUCUCAUCGAAAGUACAAUACAUUUACAACGAGUUGUGUUUAGCAUAGAGUCUAUGCCAUAGACUUCACACUCAGACCUGUAUUGUGUUUGCAAUUCAUGUUUUGAUUAAAAAAUUUUAUUAAAAAACAAUUCAUUUGAUAUUUAGUUCAUUAGACGUGCGGAUAGUUCAUAGAUUACUUGUACUCUAUAUAAUGGUAUUGUAGCUAAUAAUUGUGAGCAAGGUGAUUGUGCCGUGGAAUCCGUGUGAUAAUCAAUGGCCACAACCAAACACCGCAAGAAGUUGUCAUCGGAGGGCGACUGCAAUGAAUCCAAUAUCAAACACCGAUUGCACCACUUAUUCGGUCAAAUCGAGAAGGAAUUCGAUGGACUCAUCACCGAAAACGUCGCCCUCAAAGAACGCGUGGAAACGCUCGAAGAGUUGAUCCUAUCGUCCGGCGCGGCGCCCACCGAAGCCUCCAAUAAAGUUCUUCAGCAAAAAUUGUCCGUUAAUUCGGUGAAAAGGGAUUCAAUGGUCGCCGCGAGUCAAUUGUCGGCCAAAAUCAAGUCGACGUACAAACUGAAGGCGUCGGGACGUAAUCUAUUCAAAGGCCAGUCGGUGUCCGGACACCUGAUCAGCAAAUAUGAGUGGCAUAAGGACGGCCUCUGGUAUAUCACAACUGCUCUCAGACAGCAGAAGCAGUUUAUGGCGACCGCGUCGGCCGACGGAACGGCGUGUGUCUGUGAUGUGACUAAAAUGGAUGCAAAUAUAUCACCCUUUCUGUCAUAUGUCGGUCACUCCGGGUGUUCUGUGAAUUGUAUUAAAUUUCAUCCCAAUUAUGAUCUUAUAAUGACUGCCGGCGGCGAUGGGUCUACACAUAUAUGGAGACCUAAUUUGGAACAUUAUUUGCAACGAAAUUCCGAAACCGACGACUCGUCUCAAGAGAUGCCCGAAGAGAGUCCGACGCAAGUAAUCAAAAACAAUUUGUGUGAACUGACGGGCCAUCAAAGUGUGGUCAUAUCGUGCGACUGGAUCUCCGGUGUUGACCAAUGCGUGACCGCGUCGUGGGACAGGACAGCGAAUAUUUAUGACUUCCAAACGGGCGAACUCGUGGUCCAGUUGGCCGGACACGACCAGGAGUUGACGGACGUGUGCGCCCACGAGUCCGCUCGGCUUAUAGUCACCUCAUCGCACGACACGACAUUCCGGUUGUGGGACUUUCGGGAUGCCAUACAUUCCGUGUCUGUAUUUCAGGGACACACAGAGUCAGUGAUGUCGGCCUCGUUUCUGGGAACCGAUAAAGUCAUUUCAGGGGCCGAUGACAGGACUGUCAAAGUGUGGGACUUACGUAACAUGCGUUCGGCGCUCACAUCCAUAUACGUGGAGUCGCCGGUCAAUAAGUUUGACGUCUCGCCGGAGGACAACCUCAUAGCCAUUCCGCUGGACAAUCGACACGUGCGAGUGUACGACCUGUCCGGCAACCGGGUGUGCCGUCUGUCCCGUUCACAACACGACCGAAUGGUGACGUGCUGUGCGUUCGCACCGGUCAACCAAACCAAUAGCACCCACUUAUUCACCUGUAGUUUCGACCGCAGGGUCUGCCUCUGGAAUAUUGUCACUGAAUUCAAGUCUUAACUUAUUAUUAACGGACUGUCCUUCGCGUUUCAAAGUCUAUAAUUAAAUUUUGUUUGUUUUAUUUGUAUUAUACUAUUAA